AAAAUGAAUCAACUGAAAAAACAUAUCUCUGUCAAAUGCAUCAAUUUUAACACUUAAUCUACAAACACUCGAACCAGGAGUAUCUCAAAUUAAGUUUCCAAGAAUUCAACAGACCGUUCGAGAUCCGUAAGCAAAUUAUAUCCAGCCAUUAAGUAGAAUAGUAAAAUCAAUCAUUAGGUUGCCAGUACCUACAAAGAAUUCAGAGUCUGUCUCUAUGUCCAAUUCAAAACCUGUGUCCAAAUUGGGAAAAGUGAAAAUUGACCUCGGAAACAAAGCGACAUCCAGAAGUUAACAAACAACUUAAAAAUCACGAUCAAACAGUCAAAUUAGCAAAGAAGAGAGCUUCCCAAAAUUGCUGCCUGAUUUUGGGAGAAUGGAAACUGAACUAUUGGAUUGCCAAGAUUUCAUGCUACAAUUGCCUGAGAUUCAGUUUCCAACUACUGAAGAUAUAAUGAAGGAAAGAAUAAUUCUUGCCAACAGAAUUGCAUACACCACCAAGACAAAGAAACGCAUUCCAAUCACAACACCAGAUUUUUAUAAGGUAUCGCAUCUCUAACCUUAGUAAGGUAGCUCUGCUAUGUGAUAGGCAAAGGAGCAUUUGCAAAGGUAUGCUUGGGUAUCCAAAUAUUAACAGGAGCAAAGGUGGCCAUGAAGAUAAUUGAAAAAUCAACACUCAAAACAGAAAGUGCUAAAAAAAGAUUGUUACUAGUAAUUACUUAUAUAUAUAUCUAUUUUUAGGAAAUUACUUUGAUGAAAAUACUCUCCCAAUACCAAUAGUUUGCCUCUCUUUUUGAAGUCUUCGAAACAAAAAAGCAGAUUUACAUUAUAAUGGAGUACGUGGAAGGAGGAGAUUUGAUGAAGUGGACAAAGGAGAAGCCUAUCCCUGAGGGGUAAGCCAAAAAUCUAUUUGGUCAACUGAUAUUGGCCUUGUAGAUACUUCAAAGUCAUAACAUAUUACAUAGAGAUAUCAAAUUAGAUAAUAUACUGCUUUAGGGAGACUCAAUAAAGAUCUGUGAUUUUGGAGUGAGUAGACAGAUUAUAAAGGGAUAGAAGAUAUUGGAAUAAUGCGGGACUCCUGCUUAUUUGGCACCAGAAGUGAUCUCCAACAAGACAGGCUACGAAGGAUUCGCAAGUGAUAUUUGGAGUUCAGGAGUCUUGCUUUAUAUCUUACUAGUUGGAAAAGUGCCAUUUAAAGGAAAUAAUAUGAAUGAAUUAAAUCACAAUAUUUAAAAUGGUCUUCUUAAUUUUAUGGAGAUGAAGAAAUAUAAUUUAUCCAAUGAUGCCGUUGGUAAUUCUUAAUUUAAUACUUUAUUAGAUCUUAUAAAAUCAAUACUGAAUGUGAAUCCGAAAUUAAGAAUAACCUUAACCGAGAUCCUGAAUCAUCCUUGGCUUAAAGAGUUAAACUUGAAAUCGAAUAAAGUCUAGGUGUAGAACUCCAAUUUAGAUUUGAGAGUUAUUUCUUAGAUUGAGUAAUUUGGCUAUUCAAGAGAGUUCAUAAUCAAAAGUUUGUAGAAAUAGACACUAUGUCACAUAAAUGCCAUGUAUUCUAUUUUAACAAAAGUUUAAAAAUGA